GCUUGUCCCUUGUCGCUUGUCUCUUGUGUGGUUGCUGCUUCAAGUCGCGAGAUUCAGAGCGACAGGAGACAAGAGACAAGAAGCCUCUAGGCUCCAGCUACCUGGACAGCAGACAGAAGGAGAAGGCCAUGGCAGACAGUGACGACCAGCAGCAGUCGGAGUAUGUCACCCUCGUCUCCUCAGACAGCUUCCACUUCAUCAUCCACAGGAAAGCAGCCCUCGUCUCCGGCACACUCGCCUCCAUGCUCUCGCCCACCUCUCAGUUUGCAGAGUCGCGCACGAAUUCCAUCACGCUCGAGUCUAUCGAAGGGCACAUGCUAGAAAAGGUCAUUGACUAUCUCUAUUUCCAUGAACGCUACAAGGACGCGAAGGAGGUACCGGAAUUUGUGGUGCAGCCAGAGUACGCGCUCAAUCUGCUGGUCGCUGCAGACUUCCUAGAUGGUAUGCCUCUUUCCUGGUCAAUGAACAAGCAUACUUACUGCAUCUAGUGUGAGGGCUCUUCGGUAGAUGCCUUGUGGAUUGGUGCACCGCUCGAUGGGC